AUGGCUGAUAAAAUUACUUUUACGAUAGAACAAAAGGGAUACACUCUCCGUCAGCAAGCAUUCAUAAAAAGGCCUACCGGGGAUGAAAUACUUGAAUCAGGUCUCUUGCAAGAGGGGAACCGCAAUCCGAGAAAAAUAUUUGAACAGCUAAUCACGACGGCUGCGAAUAAUCUUGGAAAAGCUUUAUGGCGUGACCCAAAAAUCAAAGCCGAAUUCAAAAAUCACAGCCAACUACGUGAUGAUUACUCGCUUAUUGACGUCACGGUAACCCAAGUUGGCUACUCUCAAGUUACUUCCGAACAGGCAAAUAGCGAAUGGGAUACGCCCGGAGACGCCACUGAUGACUACAAUAUCAUACCCGAAAAUUACUCGUCAGUGUCUGCUGAACAGGAUACGGCUCAAGCUUACUACCAUCAAUUUACGCCUGAACAGGGCGUCGAAUUGGUUGUGCCCAUGGGCAAUUAUAAUCACGAUUACGCACUCUAUUAUAACGGCGGUCCAACUUACUCGCCUAUGCCUACCGAACAGCAUGCGGAACAAGCUUGCUACAAUCAAUUUCCACCUGAACAGGAUAUUAAUCUGGACGCAAGCUAUCAUAACUACGGCCAAGUUUACUCGCCUACGCCUGUCGAACAGAAUAUGGCUCAAGCUGGCUACCAUCAAUUUGCGCCCGAACAUGAUACUAAUAUGGAUGACGAAUGGCAAGUUUUUCAAGGUCCGGUAGUUAUGACAGUAACGGAUUUGUAUUUGCCUAUGACCAGCUUUAAGUGA